GGUUGAGAUAUAGAGUAAUAAGAAUUGUGUAGUGUCCAGAUUCUGUUUCCAUGGCUCCUGUACCUAACUCUCCUGUGAAAGUUGGGCACAUUGAUGAUGUCCAAGAGCUUAGAAAAACAAAGCCAAGAACAGUUCCACAAAGAUUUGUAAGAGACGUGACAGAAAGACCAACACUUCCCACUACACCUCUUCCUCCACCAGAUACUCACAUGCCCAUCAUUGAUUUUUCUAAGCUUACCAAAGGAAACAAAGACGAAAUUUUCAAUCUUGCAACGGCUUGCGAAGAGUGGGGAUUUUUUCAGGUGAUCAAUCACGAGAUUGACCUCAAUCUGCUAGAGAGAAUAGAGAACCUGAGCAGGGAGUUUUUCAUGCUACCUUUGGAAGAGAAACAGAAAUACCCUAUGGCUCCUGGUACUGUUCAAGGAUAUGGACAAGCUUUUGUGUUCUCAGAGGACCAGAAGUUAGACUGGUGCAACAUGUUUGCUCUUGGACUCGAACCUCAAUAUGUAAGGAACCCAAAUCUAUGGCCAACAAGACCAGAAAGAUUCAGUGAAACGGUGGAAGAGUACUCAAGAGAAAUAAGGAAACUUUGCUAUAAUCUGUUGAAAGACAUAGCUUUAGGCCUGGAUUUGAAAGGGGAUGUGUUUGAGAAGAUGUUUGGUGUAUCAGUGCAAGCCAUAAGGAUGAACUACUACCCUCCAUGUUCUAGGCCUGACCUGGUUUUGGGUCUGAGUCCCCAUUCAGAUGGAAGUGCUCUCACUGUGCUGCAGCAAGCAAAGGGAGGCCCAGUGGGACUUCAGAUAUUCAAGAACAAUACAUGGCUUCCUAUUCAGCCAAUUCCAAAUGCUCUUGUCAUCAACAUUGGAGACACAAUAGAAGUUCUUACAAAUGGAAAAUACAGGAGUGUGGAGCAUAGAGCAGUGGCUCAUGAGGAGAAAGAUAGACUCUCAAUUGUGACAUUUUUUGCUCCCAGCUAUGAGGUAGAGCUUGGUCCAAUGCCAGAAUUUGUGGAUGAAAAGCACCCAUGCAUGUAUAGAAGAUACAAUCAUGGGGAGUACAGUAAACACUAUGUAACAAACAAGUUGCAAGGGAAAAAGACACUGGACUUUGCAAAGAUCCAAACAAAAAACACAAACUAGGAUGCUCCCCAACUAGGUAGGAGUAGUACUAUAAUUAGACUGUGUGUGUAUAUAAUUAUGUUGGACAUCAUGGUCAAAUCUCUCAUUUCUAUUUUUGUUGAAAAAUAGGGAAAGAAAUUAGUUGGGUGAUGUAGGGGAGUGUGAAUGUGGGUCACAUACACAACACUCAGUGUUUCUUAUUCUUAAUCUGCAUAUGCUAUGCUUUCAAUGGAAAAACUAGUGACUUCUUAUUUUA